GCCCUUGUUCUCAGCUCACAGCACGAGACUUUUGACACAGUCCCCAGCACGCGCAUUUGCGUGCAGAUCGCCGACGGGGCUGGAGGCACGGUGGUACAGUGAGCCAAACUUCUUAUCUUCCAAAAUCUGGGAUUGUACUAAAAGGAAUAUGAAUUCGUUAUGGAUUGUGAUCUUUCUUUCCCAUUAUUUCGUGUUACUCAAGGUGUGCAGUGGCGCCUCUGUGGACAGGUAUGAGAGUGGCAAUCCCAGAACAACAGUGGGCAACCUCUUUCACCCCCCAGAGAAAACAAACACAACAGGGCACCAGCUGCACAAUGGGACAAAUGUGUAUGAAAAUGAUGAAGAUUAUGAUUAUGAUGAAGAUGAUUAUCUCUCUGGGGAUUAUGACCUUAACGUGCCAAGAGUGGCAUUUUCAACCAAACCCAAACAUCCGUCGGUGAUGCCCACUAGUGAGAAGGCAACAAAAAAAGGAAAAAGGAGGGGCAAAGGAAGAGGCAAGGGGAGAAAGAAGAACCCCUGCCUGGGGGAAUACAAAGAUUUCUGCAUUCAUGGAGUGUGUCAGUAUUUGAAGGAGCUGAACACUCAUUCUUGUGUUUGUCAAGCAUAUUACUCAGGGGAGAGAUGUCAUUUAUUCACCCUACCAGUAGCUAAAGAGGAACAGCGUUACAGCCGGACCACAGCUCUAGCUGUCAUAGCGGUGGUUCUGUCCCUCAUGUGUCUCGCAAUCAUCGCUAUUCUGCUAGCACUAAGGUACCACAAAAAAGAUGACGCUGAUGUAGAAAGUGAAGAAAAGGUCAAACUUGAGGCAAUGUCAAUAUAGUUGUGAUAAGGAAAGAAAGGACGUUGAAAGUCUAAACGACAUGUGACCCAUUGAUGGAUAGCAUUAUGGCUGAGGAUCAGGGGCAUAUUUUUUACAUUAUACCCAAUGGUAAUCAUUACUUUAAAAAAAAAAACAACAAAAAAAAACCUUGCUCUCCUUUAAAAAUUGAUCCACGCCCCUGAUGUCCUGCAAUUAUGGUGUCUGUCUGCACUGGCAUGAAGGAUGUUUUGAACACUGCUUCCAUGUACAGUACAAUGACUUUCUCAUUGAAUUCUCCUCCUGGAGAACAUAUUGAGAGGACUGAACUGGAUGAAUGUACUUCGAUCAAGUUGCUUUUUUUGCUCUUUGCUUAUUUAUUUAUUUUAAAAUAGGAGUUUCUGGUUUAUCCCAUAAGUUUGAAUCUAUAGUACUGUCAGAAACAUCCCAAAGCACUUGUAAUUAUUUAUUCAUAAUGUAUUAUUUAUUUUGAUAUGUAACAAUUUUGUGUACUGAAUACACUGUAAGUUUGUAAAUGUUUUUUUUUUUUUUUUUAUUGUGUAUAUAUAUUUAUUAUUGAUAGAGACAAUCAAAUAAUGUUCUAAUAGGACUGAAGUUGCUUCACAGACUGUACAAUCACAUAUGGAAGACUCUGCAAUAAUAUUAUAGCUAAACUGUGAAAUAAAAAGAUUUACAGAGCUCUAAAAAUUCAAAUCAAUGACGUACUGUGGAGGAUUGUCAGAGACAGGGCUUUGUAAGUCUUUUAAAUGUAUUACUGAGAAAGUGUAGCUUAAAUUAAGUGAAAUAAAACCAUGUUUAUCAAAGCAUUUUUGAAGUACUGUGUGUAAAAAAAAAAUAAAAAAAAAUAACCCAAUUUCAUUUACUAAUUUCAAGCAAUUUCAAGCAAUUUCAUUACUGUUGUUUGACUUUAAUAAACAAUUAUUGUCACAUUGUGAAUUUCAACGUGUCUGUGAUCAUGUUUUUAGUGUUUAUAUUGGAAAGAUGCAGGUCUGGCAGCAUAUUUGUCAACUUAUGUAAAUGUUUUCCUUUUUUUUUUUUUAAUUGUAGUGCUUUGAGUAGGGAUAUGUUGGUUAUGUACAAGUAUGUUGUAAGGUUAUACUAUUAAGGAGUGAGUAAAGAUAUAAAAAUGUUAUGUAUAAAGCUGAUAUACUCAUCUUAUUUAGUAGCCUAUGCUCAAGUCCCAAACUGGUUUACAGCCAUUUGUCUCCUGCAUGGCAGAAGAAACAGUGUCUUCAGGAGCCACAGUACAUGACUUUACAAGACAAAACAUGUUGAUAAUAAUUACAAAUAUUUUCUCAAGCAAUGUUGCACUGAGGUGAAACGUGGGCUGUAAAAAUAGAAAAGGCAGCAUAAAUGGGAGUCACCUUUUGGCUUUUGAAACAUUUGUGACUUUUCCCUUAACAGCAUUACACAUUAACAUUAAAUAUAAAAGUCUAUUUAAUAACUCGUGCACUAUCAUUCCUAGGCUGCACUAUUUUGAGAUUGAGGUGAUGUCUAAAAUCCUACCGUGCUAUCUAUCUAGAGAACAUUUUUGGGAUUUCGAAACCGAAAAUGCUGUCUAUGUAGGUCGCUCACUAGGUUUUGCGACUAGCUCUUUGUUUCACGCAUGCGCAGUGACCCAUUCUUCUCUCAGCAUCAUGGCGGCUCCCGUAGACCUCGAGUUGAAGAAGGUAAACGGGGGUUUACAGAUUUAUUUACAGAAACUAAACGUGAUUAUUGCGUCGUCAUGAUAAAAUAAAGAGUAAAGUGUUGUUUUAAAAACCAAGGCCUUUGGAGAGUUGCAGGCUAAAAUGAUUGACACCCAGCAGAAGGUGAAGCUGGCAGACCUGCAGAUCGAACAGCUGAGCCGCAUGAAGAAGCACGCCAACCUCACGCAUGCAGAGAUCACGUCACUCCCUGACACCACUCGCAUGUUCGAGGGAGCAGGACGCAUGUUCAUUUUACAGUCAAAAGAUGAGAUCACCAAUCAGCUUUUGGAUAAGCAGAAGACCGCAGAUGAGAAGAUAAAGGAGCUUGAG